AUGGUCGCCGCUACCAUCACCUUCGACCAAGCUGGCAUACAGCCUCCUGUCUAUGUUGCAGGAGUCUUUACAGAUUGGUCACCAAAGCAGAUGAACCACGAAACAAUCGAAAAGGACGGAGCCCUUGAGAGCCACUUCUCCUACACGUUCGAUCUUGAGCCAGGCGAGUACCAGUACAAGUUUCGACUGGGGCCCGGGGACUGGUGGGUUCUUGAUGAAUCCACGCCAACAGUGAACGAUGGUGCCGGAAAUCUCAACAACCUCCUGACCGUCAAGCCCGAAGAAACCGGACUUCCUGCAGAGGCACCCGCUGGACGGGAGCCGGAAGUGUCCGUGACCCCGGGCAGUGCAGGAGAUACACAGAUUUCGAACUUGAGUGAGGCGGAUGAAUCUACCGUCGUUCCUCCCGAACAUGAACCUCCAACAUCUGCCGUCCCCGUCACCCCGGAGACAAUCGUCGAAAACUUUGACGCAGCCAAGGAAGACACAAUCCCAGACGUUGCGCCUCCGCCAUACGAAGAGCAUCAUGCUGUUCCUGCAUCUUCGCCUCCUCAAGCGGCACCAUCUGCCCUGGACACCAGCAAUGAAAAGAUAUCGGCCGUCUCUGUCCCCGGAAAUGUCCAGUCUGAAUUGAAAAAGACCUCCCAGUCGUGGUAUGCGCAAAAUCCGGUGUUGUUAGCCGCCAUCGUCGUCGUCCCUGUCAUUGUCUCUUAUAUCUGGUAUCGAUAG